UCGUGGGCAUGUACCAAAUGGUAUCAGUUCACCUUUGGGUUUGAUAACAAUAACACAACCCAACAACAUGAUUUCUAAGGUUCUAUGCUUUGCUGCUCUGGCAGCUGUAGCUUCUGCCCAGUUUGAACAUGGCUAUGGUCAUGAACACCAUGGUCUUGAACACCACGGCCAUGAACAUCACGGCCACGAACAUGGCCAUGGCUUCUCGUCGCAGCACAUCUCCCGACACGACGGCAAACCCGAGAAAGUCAGUGUUCACUUACAUGGAGAUGAACAUGGUCACGGACACGGUCACGGUCAUGAACAUCAUUAUGAUUAUUAUGCUUACCCUAAAUAUGAGUUCGAGUACAAAGUGGAGGACAAGCACACCGGCGACCACAAGACCCAGCACGAGCACCGUGAUGGAGACGCCGUGAAGGGCUUCUACUCCCUGCAUGAGCCCGACGGCUCUGAAAGGCACGUCGACUACCACAGCGACAAGCACACCGGUUUCCACGCCACUGUGAAGCACAGCACCCAUCAUCUGGUCCCCGAACAUCAUCAUCACCACUAAAAAGGAUAAAAAUAGUAAAUUUUUUGUUACCCUGUUUGUAUACGUAAUAAAUGUUAUAUUAUUUGUAAUUA